ACGUCUUAAAAGUAUUGUUUUACUUUCUUUCAUUGACCAGCAAAGUCAGGUCCAGCAAUGUGCUACCAGCAGCAGCAGCAUCGAUAUAAUCACUCCAACAAAGUAAACUCUCGUCUUUUUUAAUCAACAAAUAAUCUCUCACAUUUUCCAACCUCUCCGAUUCGCCAUGCUUUCUGCCAAGCGACUCAUUCAAAAAGCCGUCCUCCUCCACCACCACCAGAAUAACGAGGAACGCAGCAGCUUGACGGCAGCGGACUUUGAUUUGCAAGUUGUUAUACACUACGGGAUUCCGUCCACGGCUUCCCUUCUUGCUUUUGAUCCCAUUCAGCGCCUUUUGGCUAUUGCCACACUGGAUGGGAGAAUUAAAGUGAUUGGUGGUGAUGGUAUUGAAGCACUUUUUACGUCACCGAAGCAACUGCCUUACAAGAACAUAGAGUUCUUACAGAAUCAAGGAUUCUUGAUCAGCAUUUCUAUUGAGAACGAUAUUCAGGUCUGGAAUCUGGAGAGCAGAUGCUUAGCAUGUUCGUUACAAUGGGAAUUGAAUAUAACUGCGUUUUCUGUAAUCAGUCGCUCUUGUUUCAUGUAUAUUGGAGAUGAACACGGUUCCAUGUCCGUGCUGAAGUAUGAUUCUGAAGAUGCUAAACUUUUGUGGUUGCCUUAUCGUAUAACUGCAGACUCUUUAAAGGAAGCAGCUGGAUUUCCAUCUCCCGAUCACCAACCUAUUGUUGGAGUUCUUCCUCAGCCUCAUUCUUCGGGAAAUAGGGUUCUGAUUGCAUAUCAAAAUGGAUUGAUAGUUCUCUGGGAUGUUUCUGAAGGUCAGAUCCUUUUUGUUGGAGGUGGCAAGGAUCUCCAACUGAAGGAUGAUUCUAAAAAUGAAGUAGACCCUAAUAUUCCCAAAGAUACAUCUCAUCAUCAUUUAGAGGAGAAAGAGAUCACAGCUCUAAGUUGGGCAUCUUCAAAAGGGUCCAUCCUUGCAGUGGGAUAUUUAGACGGGGAUAUCUUGUUUUGGAAAACAUCAACUACUUCGUCCACUAGAGGUCAAAAAAAUGAAUCGACAAACAGCAAUAUUGUUAAGUUACAAUUAUCAUCAGCUGAAAAGAGGCUCCCUAUUAUUGUUUUACACUGGUCCACAAGUGAUAGACCUAGCAAUGAUGGUGAUGGCCGAUUGUUUAUCUAUGGUGGUGAUGAAAUAGGAUCUGAAGAAGUUCUAACAGUGUUAACUUUAGAGUGGUCAUCUAGGAUGGAAACAGUGACAUGUGUUGGUCGCAUGGAUAUAACACUUGCCGGCUCUUUUGCGGACAUGAUUUUGUUACCAAGUUCUGGACCAACAGAGGGUAAUCCCAAAGCUGCUGUUUCUGUAUUGGCAAACCCUGGACAACUUCAUCUUUUUGAUGAUGCUAGCUUGUCUGCCUUACCAUCUCGGCAAAAGCAUAAAGCAAGUGUCUUGACUAUGGGAUUUCCCAUGGUAGUACCUACAGUAGAUCCACCCAUAACUGUGGCAAAGUUCAUUACGUUACCCUCAGGAGGAAACUCAUCAAAGAUGUUUUCCGAGAUAGCCUCAGCUACAAAACGCGGAUCCACACCAUUCCAGGGUGGUUCUGCAAAUUGGCCCUUGACUGGGGGUGUGCCCAGUCAUCUGUCAUUCACAGAACAUACUGGUGUUGAGAGAGUGUACAUAGCAGGUUAUCUAGAUGGAUCUGUACGGUUAUGGGAUGCCACAUAUCCUGCCUUAUCACUUAUUUGCAUUGUAGAAGGCGAGGUUGAAAACAUAGAAGUGGCUGGAUUUAGUGAUCCAGUGACGAAUUUAGACUUCUGUUCCCUAACACUAAGUCUGGCUGUUGGCAACAAAUGUGGACUGGUUCGCAUUUAUAACCUGGAUGGCAGCUCAGAUGAGACUACCUUCCACUUUCUCAUAGAUACUAAACAUGAAGUUCACACGAUGCCUCAAGGGAAAGGUCCUCCACUUAGAGCUGUUUUUUCUCUUCUCAAUUCUCCUAUUCUUGCACUACAGUUUGCUAAUUAUGGAGCCAAGCUUGCUGUGGGGCUUGAAUGUGGUCGUGUGGUUGUACUUGAUAUGAGUUCAUUAGCAGUUUUGUUCUCUACAGAAUCUGUAUCCAGCUCUUGCUCGCCAGUCAUUUCAGUGAAUUGGGUUGAAUGUAUAAAUACUUGUAGCCUUGUGAAAAGCCCAAAGCAUUCAGAUUCUAAUAUGCCAAUCAACCCUACAGAGCAAGUCAUGUUUUUCCUUACCAAGGAUGCAACUCUUUAUAUGAUUGAUGGUGGAACCGGUAGCAUGAUCAGCUCCCAUCCAUGGCAUCCAAAAAAGAAAUCAGUUGCAAUUUCUAUGUAUGUUAUAGAUGGCAGUCCUUCUGUACCUGGCUUAACAGAUGGAAAGCAGCUGGAGUCUGACCAAAAUUUCAUAGCCAAGAAUGAAUCUGAACAUACAACAACUUCAACAGGGAUUAGUUCACAUAAUAAUGAGCAUCACUCUUCAGUUAACACACUAACCAGAGAAAAAUUGCUGGAUUCAUUUAUUUUGCUUUGUUGUGAGGAUUCAUUGCACUUAUACUCUACAAAGAAUGUUAUUCAGGGAAACAACAAAACCAUUUGUAAAGUGAAACAUGCAAAACCUUGCUGUUGGGCUUCAACUUUUAGGAAACAGGGAAACAUUUGUGGAGUGGUUUUGCUGUUCCAGAGCGGAGUAAUAGAAAUCAGAUCAUUUUCGGGUUUAGAGUUGGUGAAAGAAACCUCCUUAAUGUCAGUUCUAAGGUGGAAUUUCAAGGCAAACAUGGAGAAGAUGAUGAGUUGUGAUAAUGGGCAGAUUACACUGGCUCAUGGGUGUGAAUUGGCCUUCAUCUCACUAUUUUCCGGUGAAAAUUGUUUCAGGAUUCCAGAGUCUCUUCCAUGUCUUCAUGAUAAGGUACUUGCCGCCGCCGCCGAUGCUGCCUUUAAUUUCUCCUCGAAUCAGAAGAAGAAGCAGGGUACUAAACCUGGGAUUCUCGGUGGCAUUGUCAAAGGCUUUAAAGGGGGAAAGGUAGACCACAGUGUGGAAAUUACUCUGAAUCCCAAAUCCGAUUUUAGUCAUCUUGAAGGUGCUUUUUCGAAGCAGCCAUUCUCAGAUUCAUAUCGAACUGCAGUAGAUACUGAGGAAGUUGUGGAGCUUAACAUAGAUGAUAUAGAGAUAGAUGAACCUUCUCUACCCACAGCAACUACUUCAUCACAAGAUGUGAAGCAUAUGAAGAGAGAGAAGUGGUCGGAAAGGGAGCAAUUAUUAGGUGCGACUGAUGAUAUGAAGCCCAAACUUAGGACACCUGAAGAAAUUAUGGCUAAAUACAGAAAAGCAGGGGAUGCCGCUUCGGUUGCUGCACAUGCAAGAAAAAAGCUUGUAGAAAGGCAGGAAAAACUUGAAAGAAUCAGUAGGCGCACUGAAGAGCUCCAAAGUGGAGCCGAAGACUUUUCAUCAAUGGCAAAUGAGCUUGUCAAGUUAAUGGAAAAACGAAAAUGGUGGCAAAUAUGAAGAAAAUAGAAGUCUAGCUUGCUGGCAUGGGUUUUGAUUGUUUGUACCCUUUUUGUCGUGAGUUUUAGGAGUGCAUUUUUUGAAUCUCUAAUGUAUGUUAAUUUAUCCGACUGCAGUUAAUUUUUUUGUGCAAUAUGUAAAACACGGAAGCUCGAGACAUUUCUUAUUAUUUUCAUUUGUUGUAUAGAAUUUUUUGUUUUCUAGAAAUAAAAAGAGAUUGAAAGAGAUUGAUUCACUGAAA